UAUAUUGUGCGAAAUAAAAAGAAAAGCAAGUUUAUAAUUUAGCCGGUAACCGGAAGGCGUGGCCGUGGAAGUGACAGCUGCGGAGGCGGGGCUUCCGAAGAGGAAGUGCUCAGGCACCGCGUGGCUAGUCUGUCAGAUGUAAACAAAGCUGUAGGCAUUCGGAUUCAACGCGGAUACGAGUUUAAAAGAGCAAGAUACUUGUAGGACGUGUCAACAAGACUCUUCUCUGCUCUCUGGUACUCCACAAAACGGCAGCAUGGCCUUCGUGGGUCUUUUUGGACGUUUGAAAUCUGUGGUUAUUGGGAUGAUUCAUGUUAAAGCAUUACCAGGCACUCCUCUAGGCAGUAUGAACAUGUCUGAAAUAACAGAAGAAGCAUGCAAGGAGGCAUCAGUGUACCGUGACGCAGGCAUUGACGGUCUAAUCAUUGAGAACAUGCAUGACGUGCCCUACUCGUUCUCUGUGGGUCCGGAGGUGUGUGCUUGUAUGACUGCAGUGUGUGCUGCUGUGAGAGGCGUCUGUCCAGCCCUUCCUGUCGGAGUUCAGAUCCUGUCUGCUGCCAACCAGCAGGCACUGGCUGUAGCUCUGGCCUCAGGUCUGGAUUUCAUCAGAGCUGAGGGUUUUGUUUUUUCCCACGUGGCUGAUGAGGGCCUCCUCAACGCAUGCGCCGGGGACUUAUUGAGGUAUCGCAAGCAGAUUGGAGCUGAGCAUGUGCAGAUCUUCACUGACAUCAAGAAGAAGCACAGCUCACAUGCCCUGACAUCAGACGUGACCAUCCAGGAGACGGCGCGCGCAGCACAGUUCUUCCUGUCAGAUGGAGUCAUCGUCACAGGAGCCUCCACCGGUGUUCAAGCUGAUCCACUGGAGCUCAGAGAGGUCUCCCAGUCUGUGAGGAUCCCCGUGCUGAUAGGUUCUGGAGUCACCUACGACAACGUCGAACGCUACCUCGACGCAAAUGGAAUGAUCAUCGGUUCGCAUUUCAAAAAGGGCGGCCACUGGGCCAACGCCGUGGACCCGCAGCGAGUCAAGAGCUUCAUGGCAAAGAUGCAUAACAUGCGCAAAUGAAGGGAAGCUUCCUGGCUUUACCCCAGCAGCCACAUGUGCUGAGUCAUGUUGUCAAAAAAUGCAUUGUUACCAUUUUAGAAUUUGGUUAAAUAAAUAAUUGUAAAUUUU